AUGUUCAAGCUCUUGUUCAUUGCAGCUCUUGCUGCCCUCGGCAUAUGCCAGUAUUCCUCGCCAUCUAACUCAUUCAACUCAUCCAUCUACGAAAACCCGAUCUUGCAGGGCGUAGGAGCGGAUCCUGACGUGUUGACAGACUGGAACAAUGCCGAGUCCAAGCUUGUCUUCCAGCCUCCGCCAGGCAUGAACUACUCAACUGAUCUGUGGGCACCCGAGAUUCAUGAGAUUAAUGGCAACUGGUACGCCAUCUUCACGGCCGAUCCUCGCAACGACUCUCCUCCUCCUGAAGUGGAGAUGUGGUGUGAGUAUAACUGCCCUGCCGUCCACCACCGCAUGUACGUGGUCGAGGGCAAAGGCUCCAACCCUUGGGACGCCCAGUGGGAAUUCAAGGGAGAGCUCAACACGUACGAUCAGUUCGCAAUUGAUGGAACAUAUUUCAUUCACGGGCCUCAAAAUGAUCUAUACCACGUGUAUAGUUGCUGGUAUCGCCAGUACGACGGAUGGCCAGCCAAUCUCUGCAUCACGAAGAUGGAAAAUCCGUGGACCGUCUCAUCACCGUUUUCAGAACGCCAAAUCAUCUCCGUCCCAGAAUACCCCUGGGAGAAGACACCGUUCGGUCGCGCAAGCAACGAUCGUCUGUCUUCCAAUGAAGGUCCCCAGCAACUCACCAACCCCAAGACUGGUCAAAACUUCAUCAUUUACAGCGCUGGACGUUCCGAUACCCGAAACUACUGCCUGGCCCAGCUCGAGCUGGUUGGAGAUGACCCAAUGAACCCAAGCGAUUGGCGCAAACACCCAUAUCCCGUCUUUUAUCAAAACCCAAAGGAGGAGGUGGGUGGGGGUCGGCCGUAA